UAGUUAUUUAGUUCCUCUUCUGCAUACGGGAUGAUGAUGCCGGUCAUUGACUCGACGGCGGUGCUUGUGGUGGCUGGGGUGAAACACUGCUCUGGGCUUGGGAGGGAUAGAGGAGGAGGAAAAUGGGUGGGUCGUUUCGCUCGACAUGGUGGCGACUCCGGCGUCCUCGACGGCCGGAGCCGGUGAGGGGCAUCGGAAGGAGAAAGGUCGAGAACAGAAGAGGGGCGGUGUCUUGCUCCAGCAACAGGGGAGUGGGUCCCGCUAUCUUCGGGUUGGUUUCCCACAAAUGCCUCGCGAUUACCAAAAGUGCUACGUGGCGUGUUUUAAAGCGGCCUACUUUUCUGCUAGGCCUCGUGUUCCAUCUCCACGGAGCACGCUCCCAUGGCGCUGCUGGUGCCACGCAUCUCACCUUCCUCCUCCACUUCUCCAUUGCUUCGCGGCGAACUCCCUUCGGCGUGCUUCAUCCGGAGGCCGAAUCGCCUCAAGCUCAGGAGAUCCCCUUCUGGCGUCAGAGCUUCAUGGCAAGAGCUUGCAGGGGUUCUAAUCUUCUCUGCGAUUCCUUUCACGGCCGUGAAGGCCGUGGCGAACAGCUCGCUUGGGGAGAGGCUCCGUCAGAGAAUGGAGGCAACAAAGAAGGCCGCCGUGGAGAGCUCGGCAAGGUUCCAAUCGCUCGCUAAAAAGGCAAGAGAAGUAAGUAUUUGGUAUGGAAAAGGGCGUCCUCGUUGGCUUGGUCCAAUUCCAUAUGACUAUCCUUCAUAUCUUACUGGAGAACUUCCUGGUGAUUAUGGCUUUGAUAUUGCGGGUCUGGGCAAGGAUCCUGUGGCUUUCCAGAAAUAUUUUAACUUUGAGAUUCUUCAUGCUCGAUGGGCUAUGCUUGCAUCUCUUGGUGUUAUUGUUCCAGAAUUGUUGGACCAAUUUGGUGUUGUGCAUUUCAUAGAGCCUGUGUGGUGGAAAGUUGGGUAUGCAAAGCUUCAGGGUGAUACUCUCGACUAUCUUGGAAUUCCAGGAUUUCACAUAGCUGGCAGUCAAGGAGUCAUUGUCAUAGCUAUCUGCCAAGCUCUUCUAAUGGUAGUUGGGCCGGAGUAUGCUAGAUAUUGUGGAAUAGAGGCUUUGGAGCCAUUGGGCAUAUACCUACCAGGUGACAAAAAUUAUCCUGGAGGUCUACUUUUCGACCCUCUGGGACUUUCCAACGACCCAGUUGCUUUUGAAGAGCUCAAGGUAAAAGAGAUUAAAAACGGACGGUUGGCAAUGGUUGCUUGGAUAGGCUUCUACCUUCAAGCAGCUGUGACUGGUAAAGGUCCUGUACAAAACCUUCUUGAACAUAUAUCCGAUCCACUUCACAACAAUGUGCUCUCUUUUAUCAAAUCAGUGUAAAUAGAAGUUUGAAAACAUACAGUCUUCUUUGUUCCCCUUUGAAAUCCAAAUUGUUAGGAAAAGAAAAAUCUUUGUGUAAUUUAAAAGGUACCAGAAAAUAAUACAACUCUUAAAGCAUGAGAGUGGUGAGUCUGAUUAGGCUAUUGACUAGCAUUUCAUACUUGCACAGUUACCAUAUGUAAAUUCUGGUUCUAACUUCUGCAUGAUUUGCUUUCUUUGGGGCUUAUGUGUGUGCCUUUCACUGGGCCCCUUGAACAGCAGCAGUGACUCCAGUUUAAUGACAAGGAGUAACUGGUGUGAAUUAUCCUA